AUGUACCUGAUCACUGUGUUUGGGAAUGUGCUCAUCAUCCUGGCCGUCAUCUCCGACUCCCACCUCCACACCCCCAUGUACUUCUUUCUCUCCAACCUGUCCUUCGUAGACAUCUGCUUCACCUCCACCACUGUCCCCAAGAUGCUGGUGAACAUCCAGACACGCAGCAAAGCCAUCACCUAUGAGGGCUGCAUCACACAGAUGUUUUUCUUCCUUCUUUUUGCUGGAUUGGACAACUUUCUCUUGUCUGUGAUGGCCUAUGACCGCUUUGUGGCCAUCUGCCAUCCCCUGCACUAUAUGGUCAUCAUGAACCCCCAGCUCUGUGCAUUGCUGGUUCUGAUGUGCUGGCUCACUGUGGUGUCCUUAUUUUAUUUUUCAGUCAUAGGUGUGUACCUGAGCUCUGCUGCUACUCACAGCUCACACUCUAUUGCAAGGGCCUCAGUGAUGUAUGCUGUGGUCACUCCCAUGUUGAAUCCCUUUAUCUAUAGUCUAAGGAACAAAGACAUAAAGGCAUCCUACCGCUAG